GUACCCCAAAGGUGUAGCAGUGACGACCAUCGAACUGACUGCUGACACUUCACUGUAGCAUUGAACAAAAAUCCCAUUUUUAGGUUUCCUUCAAAUCUCCAUUAACGACCUUCAAUCUUGUCAAUCUCCAUUAACGACUUUCCAUGUGCUAAAGUCCCUCAAUUGAUCUCCAUUUCCAGUUUCCUUUCCUUCAUCCAUGGCUGAAGAAUCAGAAUCUGCUUCUGAACCCAACCCUAACACCCCCACCCUAACAAAUCCCCCUUCUACCGACGCCAUUAAUGUUGUACCUCUUCAAGCUCAUUCACCACCCACCAAGCUUCCUUCUCGACCCAGAAAAAUCCGGAAGCUUUCCAAUACUGUUGAUCCCUCGCUACCCAAAACCCAGAUUUCCACCAUCGUGCCAAGAAUCGUUUCUCGUUCACUUUCAUAUGAAGGUGAGCUUGAAUCCGCCAUUAAUUACCUCAAAUCCUCUGACCCAUUACUCUCUCCAUUAAUUGAAACGUACCCACUUCCUACCCUCGAACUUUUUCAACCCCCUUUUCUUGCUCUAACAAAAAGCAUUCUGUUUCAGCAGCUAGCGUAUAAAGCUGGGUCAUCGAUUUACACUCGAUUUAUAUCUCUUUGUGGUGGGGAAUCGAAUGUGGUGCCAGAUAUGGUUUUGGGAUUAACACCACAACAGCUUCGUCAAAUUGGGGUUUCUGCUAGAAAAGCAAGCUAUUUACAUGACCUAGCAAGGAAGUAUCAAAAUGGGAUUUUGUCGGAUAAGUCGAUUGUGGAUAUGGAUGAUAAAUCCCUUUUUACAAUGCUUACUAUGGUGAAUGGAAUUGGGUCUUGGUCAGUUCAUAUGUUUAUGAUUUUUUCACUUCAUAGGCCGGAUGUGUUGCCGAUACAUGAUCUUGGUAUUAGGAAAGGGGUGAGAAUGUUAUAUGGUCUUGAGGAUCUUCCUAGGCCAUCACAGAUGGAUCAGUUGUGUGAGAAAUGGAAGCCUUAUAGGUCGGUAGCUUCGUGGUACAUUUGGAGGUUUGUAGAGGCAAAGGGGGGGAAUUCGAAAGGCAAUGUGGUGGGGAACUCUGAUGUUAGUUUACAGCAGCAGAUGUUGUCAAUGCAGCAGCAACAGCAACAACAACAACAACAACAACAACAACAACAACAUCAGCAGUUCUUGGAUCCUAUUAAUGGGAUUCUUGAUGUUGGGAGUUAAGUGAUUUAAGGGUCUAAGGAUGCGAACAACCAAGCUAAGUAAUUUAAGGGGCUAAGGAUGCGAAACCAAGCUAAAGUAUGAAUCUGGUGGAAUUUAGGAGCUUGCUAAUUGGAAAAGAGCGGGUCCAGCACAACUUAGUUAUGCUUUUCAUAUUCUCGACAUGUGCUUCACAAGUUUAUUCCAUCUACGUUUAUAUUAAAAUUUUGUGUAUACACAUUCUUGAAAUAAAGGUUGAAAUAUAAAACAUAAAAGUAUUGAAGUGAAAUGUAUACUCGCGAUCUUUCUCA